AUGAAAGUUUCAAACACGUUAUUACCUUUGUCUGUUUUGGUUGCUUUAGGUAGUGCUCUAGUUAUUCCAGAAAUCGACUCCACUUCUGUUCCUGCUGCUAAAGACAGUCCUAAGCACAAGUCUAAACAUGAGGGUUGCGGUCUUAUGAAGGGCAAGCAUCAUGAUGAAUCCGACUCUGAGUAUGAUUCUUUGGACUCUGCUUUGGCUGCUUUGGGUAAGAAUACAAUUGAUGUUUAUAUGGCUGAUGCCGAGGGCGAAAAGAACUUUAAACUAGCUCCUAUUGUAAACACUAAUAGUAACAAAAACGAAAUUAUUCCAAACCGCUACAUUAUUGUUUUUAAAAAGGGCAUUUCUGCAGAAGAAAUUGAUUUCCAUAAGGAACUAAUUUCUGAAGUCCAUUUGAAUGUUGUUAGUAACUUGUCACCAAACGAUCCCUUUUUCACUUCUACUACAACAGAUGAUUUGUAUGGAGUCAAAGCCAUAGUUAAGGAGGGUGGUAUUCAAGAUUCUUUCUCUAUUGGAGAUGGUUUAUUAUCUGGUUAUGUUGGAUAUUUCACCGAGGGAGUUGUUGAUUUUAUUCGUGCAACCCCCUUUGUCGAUUACGUUGAACAAGAUUCAAUGGUGUAUGCCAAUGAUUUUGAUACCCAAAAUGGUGCCCCUUGGGGUUUAGCUCGUAUCUCUCAUCGUGAAAAAUUGAAUUUGGGCAGUUUCAAUAAGUAUCUGUUUGAUGAUAAUGCCGGAGAAGGUGUCACUUCUUAUGUCAUAGAUACAGGUGUCAAUGUGGAACAUGUUGAGUUUGAUGGUAGAGCCGUUUGGGGUAAAACCAUUCCAUAUGACGAUGAGGACAUCGAUGGAAAUGGACACGGUACUCAUUGUGCCGGUACGAUUGGUUCAAACAGCUAUGGUGUUGCCAAGAAGGCAAAGAUCGUUGCUGUCAAAGUGUUGAGAUCAAAUGGUUCGGGUACUAUGUCCGAUGUCAUUAAAGGUGUUGAAUAUGCAGCUGAAUCGCACACUUCUGAAGUUAAAAAGAAUAAUAAAAAAUUCAAGGGUUCCACUGCUAACAUGUCUUUGGGCGGGGGCAAAUCACCAACUUUGGACUUGGCUGUUAACGCUGCCGUUAAAGCUGGUUUGCAUUUUGCUGUUGCUGCUGGUAAUGAGGAUCAAGAUGCCUGUAACACUUCUCCAGCUGCUGCUGAAAAUGCGGUUACUGUUGGUGCUUCCACUUUGAGUGACGACAGAGCUUAUUUCUCUAACUGGGGGUCUUGUGUGGAUGUUUUUGCUCCAGGUUUGAAUAUUUUAUCUACAUAUAUUGGCUCCGACAGUGCUACUGCUGUCUUGUCUGGUACUUCUAUGGCCUCACCACACGUUGCUGGUUUAUUGACUUAUUAUUUGUCCUUGCAGCCGGAUUCUGAUAGUGCAUAUUACCAAGGUUCCUCUAAGAUCACACCAGCUUUAUUGAAAAAGAAGGUUUUAUCUUUUGCUACUAAGGAUGUUUUGAGUGAUAUUGAUUCUGAAACACCAAACUUGUUAAUUUUUAACGGUGGUGGCGAAGAUUUGUCAGAUUUCUGGGGCAAAGAUAUUGGUAAUGAGAGGGAACACGAGGAGAGACUUGAUGAGAGUCGCUUGCAAGAAACUUUGGGCUCCUUGGUGGACUCUAUAGGUGGCAAGACUGAUAACAUUUUUGAGGAAGUUAGACAUUUGUUUGAGGAUUUGAGAUUAUUUUGA